AAAACAAAAUAGAGAAAUAGAGAGAGUGAGGUUAUGUGUGGGCGUUGUUCCCUAAAGGCUCCGCCUCCUUCCUAAACACACACCCAAGCAGAGUUGUUGUUUUUAAGUGAAUUGUUUGUUGAUUGUUGAUGAGAGAGUUGAAAUCCCUUUCUUCCUCUUCCAUGUUUGGUUGUGUCUUGUAGAGCUUUUGAGAGAGAGGCCAUGGUGAUACAAUAGAACAGAACAGAAUAGAAUAGAACUGCCAUUGCUUUGGAAUUGGAAUUGUAGCUGGGUUUUGGUAGGACGGAGGAGGAGGAGGAUUCGCUUGGUGCUGCUGCGGGGAUGAUGGCUCAACCAAGUACCCUUGAAUCGCUCAUCGAAUCCUUUGUUACCACAGAAAAGUCCCCUGCUGAACAGGCUAGGGCCCAGGCUUCUAGUGCAAAAGCAAUCUCUAAGAGGAUUUUACAUGGAGAACUUACAAUACAGAGCUUGGUUCUCACACUUGGAGCAUAUUUGACUACAACUGACAACAUAGUCAGACAUCGAGGUACUUUGCUUCUUUCAGACAUUCUUGCUGAUCUAUCAGGAAAGCGACUUGAGGACACAGCCAUAAAAAGUCUAACCAACUUCUACAGUGCAAGACUUGGUGACUGGCAUUGUUUGCAAGGUGCGGUCCUUGGUUCUCUUAGUCUGCUGAGAAGGAGAUCAAAUGCGGGAACCGUGGAGGUAGAGGAUGCAAGGGAGGUGGCUAAAUCUGCUCUAACGAAUCUUCACGUGCAGGCUCUAGCUCGAAAGGACCGCAUGCUCUGUUUGGAGCUAUUUGAAUGUCUAUUGGAGAAGCAUGCAGGUGCAGUUACCCCACUGAAAGACGAUCUCGUGUUUGGUGUUGUUGCGGCUGUUGAAGAAGAGAAAGACCCGAGAUGUUUAUUAUUAGCUUUCCGGAUCACACGACUGCUGGCUAAACUUUACCCAGAUCCCGAGGGGCCAGUCGCUUCUUGUGCAGAAGAGCUUUUUGAUGUUGUCAGCCGAUACUUUCCCAUUUCUUUCAAUCCCCGACCAGAUUCUCCGGAUGACAUCACAAGAGAGGAUCUGGCAAAUUCGCUCAAGGCGACCUUUGCUUGUACGCCAAUUUUCGCUCCAUAUUGCAUCCCCCUGCUCCUAGAAAAGCUUUCGUCUAGCCUCCGAAGGGCAAAGCUGGACGCUCUUAAUUACCUUGGUCACUGUGGACUCGCAUACGGAGCCAAAGCUUUGAAAGAAUAUACUGUUGCUGUUUGGGAUGCUUUGAAAGCAGAACUUCUUCCGCCAUCGAUGCCAUCAGAAGAACCUCAAGAUGUGGAGAUUGUUAAAGAAGCUUUAAGUUGCUUAAGAAGUUGGGUGUUGGCUUCCCAAAUUGAAAAUGAUUCCUCCCUUCUUUCCAUGAGAGAUUCUGGAAUUAUGAAGGCAGGAGAUUUCUUGCAGUUGAUUCUACAAGACGGGCUUGUGGAGGACCUCGUUACAUGUUUGAAGAAUGACACUGUGAGUCGAGGACACACACAGUCUCUCAUGAAGGAUCGUGCUAUACAGCAAGCUGAAGGAGCUGGUCACAUUCUUGCAGAAUCAGCUCAAGCUUCCCCAUCUUCAUGUUUUGUAGUCUGCAGGCAAGUGCUUAAUCGUCUCAUGACUGCUACUGGAUUGUCCAUAGUGUCCAAUGCGACUCCUGAAAUAGUUGCUGCUGCUGCAUCAGAAGCACAAGCGGGUACAAAUCCAAAUCUGGAUAAUUUCAAGAGUGUUAUUGGAUUGGGAGUCGUGCUUCAAAUAGUCAUUGCUGCUAGAAACUUGGCGGAAAAGUGUUUUCAGGAGCGUGGUCAGUCAUUAGCAAUGACUCCAAAAGAGUGGCUGGACCCACUACAAGAGCAAGCUGAAAAUCUCUUAACUGCAUUUCAUAAAGCCAUUACCGACGAACUAUCAAGAGACUCAGCAGUGCUUGGAGUUUCGGGAUUGCAAGCUCUGGCGUCGUUCCCUGCGUCUCUUUCUCCAGUGUCUAGUGACCAGUUGAGAAGGAUCCUGUUGAUCUUCAAAGAUCUUUUGAUUGGCGACAUCAAUCAAGAAUUGUUGGAUAUUGUUCUUAUAGCUUUAGAGAAUAUCAAUAACGUGGAGGAGCGGUCAGGAGCAGUGGAUGAAGGGAAUGUUGGAGUAUUGACGGUUGUUGUUCCAGACUUGUUGGGAGCAGUUCGAGAAGCCAAGUCAGGUACUGAAGUGGGAAAACCACUCAGGGUACUUGCAAAAAUCUGUGGGUCAAGAUCAGGCGCUCGUCCAUUGGUGAUUAAGAACCUCACUGAAAGUAUCCAUCUCGGCAUCUCGCGGGCUAAUGUGAGGGAAGAUGUAGACGACGUUUCCACCAAGCUGGUGGGUGUCUUGCGAUGCAUUUCAGAAGAUAUACUUCCUUGGUGCGAUGAUUUAAGCGCAAAUCAGUCUGUUAUGACGGAACUAACCACGGAGAUUUGGGCAGUCGUAUCUACCCAAGCCUUUAGGUGUAAUCAAAGUGUCCUAGAAUGGAGUUCGAAAGUUAUGCGUGUAGCAGUUGUGAAGUUUGAUGCUUCAGCACAAAGUAGAAUUCUUCAACAUGGAGCACAGCUUUUAUUUGACACGACUCGACAUCAUGAAGAGGAAAUGGAUUGGACCAUUGCUCUAGUUGCUUCAGUAAUCGUUUCAGUAAGGGCUACUGCAGUAGUUCCUAACAAGCAGUCACUUUUAACUAUGAUGAUGCGUGCUGCCCAAUCUGACAAGGCUUUCCUUAUCACUGAGACAGCUGCUCAGGCCGUAGCAUCGAUGUUAAACAAGUGGGCUGUAUCUACAGAUGAGGAUGGUGGUUUUACCCUGGAGAAAGCUGUCCAUAUGGUAUUGGAUGAGGACUUUUUAUCUCAGAUUGUACCCAAGUCCAGACUGGAGAGUUCGGCAGAAAUUGAUAAAGGGAAAGAUUUUCCUUGUAAAUCUGUCCGCCAAAAGGUUUCAGGAGUCCGUGCAGCUGCAUGGAUUGGAAAAGGUUUAGCCAUGAGAGGUCAUAGUGGAGUUUCUGUUGUGGCUUCUGUGCUACUGAAGCUAUUGUUGUCAGGAACCUCCGAGGAAGGAGAAGAAUCCAGCUUAGCGACGGCUGCAGCUGAGGGUCUUGGGAUUAUCUUAAAAGAAUCAGAUGUUUGCUUAAAUAAAACACAUCAUGCUGUCGUUCGGCCAUUGUUCAAGCAGCGUUUCUUUAGCAGCAUGUUAUUACCGCUUUUAGAGGCUGUGCGUUCAUCGAGUGAAACCCAAACAAAGUUGUGGCUGUAUAGAGGGAUAGGGCACCUAAUAUCUGGCACUCCUCAUGUUGCAUUGCUGGCUGACGGAGCAAAGGUUUUUCCUGUUAUUUUGGGAACUCUUUCAUUCUUGUGCUCAGAUCGAAGCGACUCGGAUAUCUUACUUUCUACUUUGCUGGCACUCUCUUCAUUUCUUGUAGACGAAAAUCAAGGGAGACCAGUAGUGGGGGAGCAUGUAUCCAGCAUUGUGAAGCGAUUGCUAAUCUUGAUUCAGUACCAGCACUCGGUUAUUGUUCGAGAAACAGCUCUUCAAUGCUUGGGAGCUGUAGUUGGUCUGCCUUAUAAUCGAGUGUACCCCUUGCGGAGAGAGGUACUCAAAGCGUUGUCAGCUGCUUUGGAUGAUAAAAAGCGAGUUGUUCGCAAGGAAGCUGUGCGAUGCCGCCAAGCCUGGACUAUGAUUUCGACCAAGAAAACAUAGACCAAGUCUGGGUUUCACCUGUCAAGAGCUUCCAGCAGCUUGGACGUCUGCAAGACAAUUUCUGCGUUUUGAAAAAAGUUGUUCUUAACUGUAAGAGAGGAUAUGUUCUUUCAGGACUUACUGGAUGAACUAACUUCCUCAGACUCACUGUACAGAAUACAGCAGCAACUCUAUAUGCAACGACUUCCUCUCGCUAGUUUGUAAGCUGGUAGGAGCACUUUGAGCUCUCUUAUGGAUGUAACGACCCAGAGCUUGACAGGUUGAUGUACAUUAACGAAGCCUUGAAGUUUCAGGAGCUGAAUGAAACUCAUUGCUCUUUUACAAAACCGUCCCAGAAUGACGAGUUUCACCAGGCAUGCAGAAAAAACCAGAGUUGUGGUUCAUCAAUACCAGAAAAAACCCAUUUUUUUAGUUGCCAAGGUAUAAUCGUUGCAUUUUGAGAGCAUUUGUGACCAUCAAUUUCAAUUUAUGGUCCUUGCAUCAUCCUUCACCACACAAA